CUGGAAUGUUUAUACGUAGGAAUGUUAUGGCUGUGGUCCACCCUUUGGAUGUUGUGCACGGCGUCAGAAGAAGGACGUAAUUUCAGCGUAGAGGAGUGGUUAAAGAGGUAUGGAUAUCUCCACCACACUGAUCCCAGAAUGGCAGUCCUGUACUCAGCACAAAGCAUGCAGUCUGCUGUAGCAGCCAUGCAGCGGAACUAUGGCCUUAAUAUCACAGGAGCUCUGGACAAAAAUACCAUAGACUGGAUGAGAAGGCCCAGAUGCGGAGUGCCGGACCAUCUCAGCGGACUCCCCAAAUCCCGAUCACGGAAACGGCGUUAUGCACUCACGGGACAGAAGUGGCAGCGUACACACAUAACAUACAGCAUUAAGAAUAUCACACCCAAAGUGGGUGCUCGUGAAACCCAUGAUGCCAUUCGGCGGGCGUUUGACGUGUGGCAGGGGGUGACGCCGCUGCGUUUCGAGGCUGUGCCAUACAUCGCUCUGGAGAGUGGCAAACGGGACGUGGACAUCACUAUUAUCUUCGCCUCUGGUUUCCAUGGCGACAGCUCGCCCUUCGACGGAGAAGGUGGCUUCCUGGCACACGCCUACUUCCCCGGGCCGGGAAUAGGGGGUGAUACGCAUUUCGACUCCGACGAACCGUGGACCCUCGGCAACCCCAACCAUGACGGUAAUGACCUGUUUCUGGUGGCGGUACAUGAGUUAGGCCAUGCUUUGGGACUAGAGCAUUCCAAUGAUCCCACAGCCAUCAUGGCUCCCUUUUAUCAGUACAUGGACACAGACAAUUUUAAACUACCACACGAUGAUCUACAGGGAAUUCAGAAAAUCUAUGGUCCACCAGACAAGAACCCCCAGCCAACCAGACUGCUCACGACUGCCCCGUCCCCACGUUUACAUUCUGACCCCCGAAAGCACGACCGCCAGAGUCGUCCCCACAGACCCCCCCAGAAGGCCAAACCUGCCCACCCCAAUUCCAAACCCAACAUCUGUGACGGGGGCUUCAACACUCUAGCCAUCCUACGACAGGAGCUGUUUGUCUUCAAGGACCAGUGGUUCUGGAGGGUGCGGGACAAUUCGGUGGUGCCUGGAUAUCCAAUGCAGAUCAACUACUUCUGGAGAGGCUUGCCACCCAAGAUCGACGCAGUGUAUGAGAACAGUGAGGGAAAGUUUGUCUUCUUUAAAGGAAACCAGUUCUGGGUGUUCAAGGACACGACGCUCCAGCCUACUUAUCCCCAGGACAUCUCCCUCUUCGGCAGCGGCAUGCCAACACAGAACAUCGAGACGGCCGUUUGGUGGGAGGACGUCGCUAAGACGUAUUUCUUCAAAGGAGACCGGUACUGGAGAUACAAUGAAGAGAUGAGGACCAUGGACCCCGGCUACCCUAAACCCAUUACUGUUUGGAAGGGCAUCCCCGACUCACCUCAGGGAGCCUUUGUGGACAAGGCCAAUGGAUUUACAUACUUCUACAAGGGCAAAGAAUACUGGAAGUUUAACAACCAGAGGUUGCGGGUGGAGCAGGGGUACCCCAGGUCCAUUCUGAGGGACUUCAUGGGCUGCGACGGACUGCCGGCAGACCCAGACUGGGACUGGAGCCCCCCGCAGGAGGACGAGGAGCUGCACUAUGACAACGACAACCAUGACGACGUAGACAUCGUGCUGAAGCUGGCGAACGCAGGGGGCACAGAGCAGGCGGUGGCCAUAGCCAUCCCCUGCAUUUUAGCCCUCUGCAUGAUGGUGCUGCUUUACACGAUAUUCCGCUUCAAGAGGAAGGACACCCAGCGCCACAUACUGUACUGCAAACGCUCCAUGCAGGAGUGGGUAUGA